ACAUACAUUCACGACAGCAGACCAUAGCGCAGACUGUGAAGUGAUCGUGUAUCAUAACGAUCAACAAUGAUAAACGCUCAGAUCGGCCUUGCAUAUGUCGUCUGCAUUUACGUCUGUAUUAUAGCAUUGCACGUCUGAUAACUAAACAUCUACCACUGUGUCGCAACAAACACCGGUUGACAUAUAGGCCCGCCAAUGUUGUGAGUGUGGCAGUGUAUAUUUUUGUACCAUAUUAAAGUGAUGGCACAACAACAAACGACGGUUGUUUUAGCACCGACCCAACCCGCUGUCCAGACUUCGGUGGUAAUACACAAGAAAGAAGGCAAUGCCUGCCGGGCUGCGAUCCCUGCCAUGCCUAUGGUUAUGGCUGUGUUCUGUCUGAUCUUCAACAUAUUCGCUCCUGGUUUAGGCACUAUCAUUGCUGGAUUUACGGUGUUCUGCUGUGGCAACCCUGGACAGUCUGGAUUGGGUAAAUGUGGAACGAUGUGUCUCAAUGUGUUCGUAGGUCUCCUACAGUUAGUAUUGACAGUUAUUCUAGUAGGUUGGAUCUGGUCCAUCAUGUGGGGAGUCGCAUUCAUCGGCAUGUCACAUGAUUAUGCUCAGACCAACAAAACAACGACCACUCUGGUAACGACUAGAAACCCAGGACCGCAGGCGGUCACGAUCACUCAAACACAACCACCGCCGCAAUCCCAGCCAUAUUACCCUCAACCGCCUCUGCAACAUGGGCAACAGGGCUACCCUCCUCAGGCGCAUCAGGUAUAUGCCCCUCCUCCUCAGCAAGGAUAUGCCCCUCCCCCUCAACAAGGAUAUGCCCCACCCCCGCAACAAGGAUAUGCCCCGCCUCCUCAACAGGGACACGCCCCUCCUCUUCAGGGAACAGCACCACCACUUCAGAGCAACUAUUCUCAGCAACCUGCUUACAACCCUUAUCAACAACCAGAUCAACAUCAGCAGCCUCCGCCAUAUACAGCCAGUGAACUGCCUCCCAAGAAGUCAUAGUGCCUGAUAAUAAUAGGAAUAUAUCUAUUUUUAAAGUGGUUUACCGCAAGAGACUCCUUGCCUUCAGAACUAAAGCUUCCUUAAUGUUCGUGGUAACGACAUAUGUUUGUAAAGAAAGGCCUUGGGAUUGAAAUUGAGACAGAGUGAGAGAGAUAGAUAGAGAGGGGUGAGGGGCGCAUGCUAACUCGAGCUAAAUUAUCUAAAUGUAAAGUAUAACACAAACAAAGUUAAGAGGUUUGUAUGAAGUGAGAAGUAUUCUUGAUUGAUUAAAAGAAAUACAAGUGUUCUCUCACAUGGUUCAUAAAAAUAUUACAUUUACUAGUUUUCUUCCAAAUAUCACCACUGCCCUUUCUUCCUUCAUUUUCCAAAGUCUGGGAGUUUUCGUUAAAGGAGAAUGAAACUCUUGGAGCAAGUUAGCUUUUGUGAAAGCAGAAAAAUCAAAGAAUAAGAUCAACAAAACUUUGAGAAAAAUAGGACUAGCAAUAAAAGAGUUAUGAGCAUUUGAAUGUCGAGAUCACUAAUGCUAUGGAGAUCCUCCCAUUGGCAAUGCGACCAAGAUCUGUGAUGUCACACACGUACAACUCUCCCAUUUGGACACUGAAAAUAUACCCCAAAACAUCUCUUUUUGCUCAUUCUAAUCAUAUGACAAACGAUUCAUCAAUGAUAUAAUGUUGUGAAACCUCUGUACUUGUCAUCUCAUAAAGAGAACACCUCACCUUGUGAUAGACUCUAUAAAAGUGAGAAUAUAAGUGAAAUAAGUACUAAAGUAAUGAGGGAGUUGUACGUGUGUGAUAUCACAGAUCUUGGUCGCAUUGCCGUUGGGAGGAUCUACAUGGCACUAGUGAUCUCAAUAUUCGAAUGCUCAUAACUUUCUUAUUAUUCAUUCAAUCUUCCUCAAACUUUCAACAAUAUGUUUCUUUGAUUUUUCUCUUUGAUAUGGAUUCAGCUGGUUUCAAGGGUUUCAUUCUCCUUUAAGGUAACGUGGUGGACGUUAGAUUAGAGAACAAUUUGAAUCCAGGUUAUCGUCCCUGUAUUAUUUUGCUUCCUUUCGUGAAUUCCGCUAUAUACUUGGCAUCCGCGAAAAUAUCACCUCUUGGAAGCAGUACGCGUCAAAAGAUUUGAAGGAUUGAAUUUGGAUACCGGAUGCAAUACUUCUUUUAUAGUGUGAAUGAGCGAACCGAAUGAGCCAUAUUUCGACUCCCUUUAUUUAAGAUUGGACAUGUAAAGACAUGCAUGUCAAAUCGACGUGACACUGAUUUAAGGGAAAUUAUUGUCAAAGAUUAUGUGAAAAUAGAAAAAAAAAUGAUGUAAGCCCAUAUUUUUUUUUGAAAAAUUAAAUGAAAGGUCCCCAGCCUCUUCCAGCGACCCUCGAGUCACUCCGCCAGAAUGUCAAUUUUGAAAGGCCUGUAGGUUUACAAAAAAAUCAAAGGAAACGUAUGAUUGCAUGACGAUAUACUCUAGUGAAUGACCCGCCUUGAAGAGAAAGGGUGGCACACCGAUUUCUGGCAUGUACGCAAUUAAUUUACAAGUCCCCCCACCCCCCCAAAAGAAAAUCAUCACCUCUAUUUCCUAUUUGUGUGUGUAACUUGAUUACUCGAUUGACUCGAUUCAUCUCCCCUCUUCAUAUCCAUGCCCCUCACUGAUGAAAGUUCUUCUCCUAACAAUAAUUAUUACUCUAGCAUGCGAAUAUGCUAAACCGUCAUCAGGAAUUGCAGUAUAAUUAUGCAACGAUGCAUGUAUAUUGAGUAGAGGAACUGGUAUUUUACAUUCAUUAUCAUGAACCACAAAGUUAUGUUUAUGAAGGGUAUGAUUUUUAAAGUAGUAAUAUUUGUAUUAUUUAGAUUGUAUAUUUCCUCCAAACUUAUAUUGAAUAAAUAUUUUACAGUUUGUUAAUAUUAAGUGA